AUGAGCACAAGAGGGAACUCAGCCAACAUAGUUUGGAGUCAUGUAUCUCAAGUGCAAAUUGAGAUAUCUCACGAAUUCAAUACGUCCUUCGCUCGUUCUACCGAUAAAUCUCAAUCUGCCCGAUCGUCUUGUCUACAAGAAGCGUUCGAUACAGUCAGACGAUCAAAUCUCGAUUGGUUUCUCAAUAGAACUUUGAGAGAUAAAUACCAAGAAUACAAAACCAACGUUCUAAAGGCGGCUAUUGAGCCUGAGAAAAUAUGGGAUGAUAAUCAUACUGUCGAUCAAUUGUUAGCAAGUAAAGGAUCAGAGUACCUUAACUCACUUCUCAGUCUACAAAGCUCACGAUCAGAGAAUUCAGGCAACAAAGGCAUCCAGUCCGUUUCUCCCAUUCCCGAAGCCAGCGAGAGCGAAGAUGCGGCUAUCUCUACCUGGAUUGACGGGAUUGAAAUGUUGAGCAAAGAUGUGAAGUCUGAUACGUGGCCUACGACUAAUACCAGGUCCAGUCAGAUGUAG